UGGAGAGGUCGGCCUUUUCAACUUUCAACCUGGGUCGACGGAAGAAUUUAACUAAUGAUAAAUGAGCACGUGUGAUAUCAUAGAACUAUAUUAACAAGUUUUUUCUAUGAUUGGAAUUAAGUAAUUAGCAAGUUGGAUAGCGCAUUUGUGUAAUAUUAAUAUAUGGCGGGUGACGUGGCGGCUAUAAUUUCAUGCAUUUUCAAUCGGAUGGAUUCAAUGUCUUAGGUACAAUCCGUACGUAGAGUUGACGUACACGAUGACAAUCCCAUAGCCAUUACUUUUUAAAAAUUAAUCCUAAAUCAACUACAUUUCUCUGUCUCACUUUUACCUCUCCACCUUUUCCUGACAAAUUUCGUUAAUCUCUCCGACCGAACCUGCACCACUAAACAAAAAUCAGUACCACUAGACGCAAAUCAAUACCAAAACUCAUACAUGCCUUUUAAGUAGGGGUGGUAGUUCGGUUACUGGUUACCGGCCGAUUAUUCACUAACCGGUAACCGAAGUAACCGAACUUCGGUCGGUUAUCGGAGUCUAGACGAAAUGGUUUUGGGUCUUUAAAGUGGGUCGGUUGACCGAUAAUCGAGAUAACCAAGAAACCGAAGCCUAUUUCGGACGGUUUUCGGUAGGAAGAGUGGUUAUUUCGGUUAACCGAUAACCGGUAAGGGGAGUGGUUAUUUCGGUUAACCGAUAACCGGCCGAUCGAUUAUUGGUUAUAACCGAAAUAACCGAAAUGCCACCCCUACUUCUAACUGAGCACCAACUCUAACAUAGAAAGACACAAACGUCGCGUACUAAAAAAAAAUGGCUGACUCAACAUCGAUCAAAACAACAUAGUUUAGACACGAACACUUAAACUCGAAUUCAAAAAAAUUUGGCUGACUCAACAUAGAUAAAAACAACAUAGUUUAGACACGAACACUUAAACUCGAAAUCAAACUUGUUUUCUUGGAACCAAAUUUUAUUGACCGAUUUUUCGAACCAAUAUUCCAACAGUUACAACUUACAUCAUUCACUUCAUCACUUGUAUAUUAGACACAAGUUAAUACCGUUUACCAUGUCAUGCUUAUCAAAAUAACUUAAGUUUUUUGUUUGUUUGUUUGUUUUAGAUGAAGUUACAAUUAAAUUUAUAGUUUUGUUUGCAUCCUUCGUCACCAAUAAGAUUGAGUCAUCUUUAUUCAAAUUAAAGGGGUCAAAAUAUGUGCACGAGGAUGUGAAAUCGAUAAAUUUCACGGCGAGAUUAUUAAUAGAUGCUGAGCGGUUAUGUAUUUUUAUGAUUUUUUUUUUUGAGGAAAUCAAGUUGUAUUAGACUUGGUAUCUUAAACACAACAUGCAAAGUUUUGUUUUUGUUUCCUGACCCGUUUAUUCUUUAUCUAAUGCAUUAGAUUAACGAGACAUUGUAUUUCUAAUUCUUGACAUAGGCAUGAUUAUAAGCUCAUUGCUUCAUUUUUUCCUGUUAUAUUUUGUUCUUUCGUGUUUGAUGGCUAGGAUAAAAAAGGGGUUUUAUUGGUGAAAUAUUAUGAACAAUGUAGUUAAAAUCACGAUUUAAAAUUUAAAAAAUUUUACGCUUUUACAAUUUUAGGUCACCAAAACGCUUUUACGUAGAAUCACGCUUUUCCCUUAUAAGUGUAGUCAGAAUCUAUGUUUUCAUUAAAGGUUAAAAACAUAUGUAUUUACGCUUCUACCUCACAAAAAUGUUGCUGCGCAGAAUCACGAUUUUGACUACAUAUAAUGAGUCGAGUUAUAUUUUUGCGAUAACACAGUGUUGUUCAUGAUUUGACCACCAUGAGCUUAGCUUGAUUUGUGAAUGAGGACAUAACACGUAGCUAAUUAGGACAUGUAUCAAGUAAUAACUAGCAAUCAAUUGAACUGAGUCCUUAAUUUUCAGUUGAAGGAAAUUGUAAGGAACACAUAUAGCAAAACCAAAACUUGAUCUACCACAUGAUUUAAUUGAAUGUUAAAGAGAAAAAACAUGAAUAUAGGCUUGUCUUUAUAGAAAUCCAAUUCCAAACUGAACUCUUUCUCUCUCGAUUUCAUUUGCCCCAUUUGGUUCCUUCCCUUUUUCUCAUCACCGACAAAAUCAAUUACUUGCUUCUGCUCAAAAUAUUAAUGGAAAAUCCACAACCAAGUAAAUAAUAUCAUUGUGGGUUGUACCUUCUGACCAAAUUCAGAUAACUAAGUCAAUACCCUUUUUUGAGUGUGAACAUAACAUAAGUCGGCAGACGUGGAUAUAUGCUUGAGGAAAGCCCUAAACUCACCCACAUGACAAAAACCCUAAACAACAUGGUAAAAAUGAGGUCUUUUUUCUUUAUCAGCAUUCAUGUAGAUGCAUGUAGUAUUUGAUUUUUUGAUCUCUUUCAACAAGAAGUUUGGAGCUUUUACUAUCGAAUCUUCAUAUUGUGUCUAUUAUUGGUUUGGUCGGACAGAUUCAGAGCUUGAUGCUAACGCUAUUAGUACUUUCGUUCUAUAGUUUCAAUUCGCGAUACCAAUAUUUGAAAUCGAGAGGCGAGAGCUCAAGUGAUCGUCGCAUGUGGAACGUGAUGAUUUUAAGCUUUUAACUAAUCAAUGUCAUGUGCCAUGUUGUUCAACAUUCAUAAUAAGUUUAGGAUAUGUUUAAGGAGCGGAUCCUUUAAUAACCAAUUUUCACAUAACUCUCAAUAAUCAUAUGGAUGGCAACUCGUAACCUUUUUCUCGCAAUGUGCUAUAUCUCUUUCAUUUUAAGUCAAAAUUCAGAAAAAUUUGCACAGAAAAAAUAAGAUUAAUCGUGCAUUUAAAAAUGACAUUCACUUUGAUAUAUUUUGUAACAAAAAAAAAUGAAAAUUACCAAAGUAUACGGUAUAUGGUUAUAUGAAAAUGUACCAUGGUGGUAUAGACAUACUAAAUUGUUGAAUGAUUAUAUAUUUUAUAGUAGGAAUAUACUAACCACUAUUUAUCAUCUUUUAUCAUCAUUUACCACCAGUUACCACUCAUAUACCGGGGUAGUACAAGAUGGUAUAUUUUGUCUUCAAUUUUGUUCAAAAUCACAAUAGAUCAUGACGAAUCUGUUUCUUCGGUGCAAAAUUAUUCAAAAUUUAAGUUUAAACCAAACGAGGUACAAAGUGGUGCCAAGCAAUACCAAAAUGGUAAAAUAAAUGUCACGAAAUAUAUAAAAAAAUUGAUAUAAUUUAGUGGAUCACAACACACUCGAUCAAAAUCAAGGAGUCAAAUAGGGUUAUGCAUUUUAUGCACGAGUUGACGUCGUACUCUGUUCCAUGUUUGGUAAGACAGUUUGAUGCAUAGAUUGAGGAAUGGAGGGCGCUAUUGCAAAGAUCUCACACUACAGGAGGUAUGGUGCUUUGAUCCUUUCUUGGUGGAAUUGAUGGCGGUCAGAAAUACAGUUUGUUGGUGUACACAGCUCGGCUUGAGAGAGGCGAUCUUUUAGGGAGAUGCGAAGAUCAUCAUUGAUAAGAUGUUUGAAUCGUUUGUGAGGGGUGCGAGUGGGGAGUUAUUUUUCACGAGCUAGGCCAGUUGCGAAGUGAAUUAAAUUAUAGAAUUUUGGUUUUCGAUUUGUGGGCAGGGUAAACAAUCGUGUGACCAAUUUAAUAUAUGGAAAGAUUCUUUCUUUGUUUCCUGCAAGUUUGGUAGGCUUUGGUUUUCGUAACUAGUUUAUAUAAGUUACUUGAACAAUGAUAUCUUUAUGUGUUGGUAACAUCCCGUGUUUUUUUUUUCCGACAAAAUAUUGCCCGGUUUGGGCUAGGAUCCUCACGACUUUUGCCUUAGGUGCAUAUCAAGGUGAGUUCAUAUUGGUCACUCAUCCUUUGCAGUGCGCCACAGUGAGCACGUUUAACUUCGGAAUUCUCACAAGAUCUCCUUCAUUUCAUCCCAAAAGGCAUCUUGUCAGUUAAGGUCGGUACCUUAUGAACCUUGGAUCUCUCUCGUGCUUUGUCGAUGUGGGAUUCGCCGAAGGUGUUACAUACACCCUCUCCCCUUGGAACUCUACAUUCUCGUUGAGGUUUUCCCCACCAUCGCUCAAGAAGGACACAUAGAGGCUCUGAUACCAUUUGUAACAUCCCAAAAUUUUCUCAACAAAAUUUUGUCCGCUCUCGUUCCCUCACAGUUUUUGCCUUGGAUGCACAUCAAUAUCAUGGUAACUUCCCAUAAGAUCACAAAUCCAUGCAGUGCUCUACAGUGACCACGUUUAAUUUCGGAGUUCUCUCAAAAACUUUUUUAUUUCCCGAAACACAUCUUGUCACUUAACAUCGCUUUUUACUUAUGAACCAUAUAUAGACCUCUCCCAUGAUUUAUCAAGAUUUUUCCCUAGCUUAAUAAUAUGAUUUUUUGUUUUUUGUUUGAAGCAACUUAUUAGUAUUAAUAUUAAAGCCAUAUGAAAGCCAUUAUCCAAUAGUAAAGGUGAACUCUCUAGAGAACUGUUGUCGUGGCGGCUCUGGGCUUUGGCCUUUUUAAGCCCGAUCUACUUUGAAUUCUUCGAAUCAGAAUUUUACACCUCUCUCUCUCUCUCCCAAACCAUAUAUAUCUCUUCACAGACGAACAUCAUUCAACAUUUUCCACCUCUCUCUCUCUCUCUCUCUCUCUCUAUCUCUCUGUCGUUAACUUCAACCAGGGGUCACCUCUUCCAUCAUAUAUCACAAACCAGUUCCCAUUCAAGCAAAAAGAAUUUCAUACCCCCACCAAGGGGAAAAAUUAAACCGAAAAAGAAAGCAGAGUUUAAGACCCACCAGCGGCAGAGAAAGGAGAAUUCGAGGGGCUUUUUUAUAUACAUAUGAAUGAAUAGUCGGUUUGGUGGUCUUCUUCUUCUUCGUGCUUCGAUCAACAUCUAGUAUUAGUUCAUGUGCUUGUUCGUGAAGGUGGCGGACCAACAAGGCGGCGGCGGCGGCGGCGACAGCUACCUUCUACCUAUCGCCUCUUCGUCCUCUUCUUACCCCGGUGGCGAUCAGGAUGCUGCGGAAAACAGCAAUAAUCAACAACAAGAUGAAGUCUUUUUGCCGCUCCCGAACAACCCACAAGAUUUCGCUCCUACCCAUCUCCAUCAACAAUUCCAAUUCGACCACCGUAAUCCGAAUCAGCAGCAAGUUGCGGCAGGGGAGGGGAAUUUGAUGAUGAGUAUGGAUUCUCCUUCUGGGUACAGAAGCGCCAGAGAGAUGUCCGCCAUGGUUUCCGCUCUCACCCAUGUCGUCUCUGGCACCGGAAGGUGGGGUUAUGGCGGUGGACAAGCGGCGGCGGCGGCGGCGCCGCAGAUGUCGAGUACUUCUUCAGGGGCCUCUGCAGGCUUGUGGAAGGCGACGGUCGGGCUGAAGAGAGAAAGAGAAGAAGAAGCAGAGGCGGCUUCUUCCGUCGCUCAAUUGAUGGAGAAUCGGGCAAGGAACUUUCGAGAUUUCGGUCGUAAUUUGAUUCGUGCCGCCGAUUCUUCUUCUUCUGGUGGUGCAACUGCCCAAACAGAGGACUCAUCUCAAACACCGGCGACUCCUACGGGGGCGGCGGCAGCCUCGCCGGCUUCUACGGAGUCUGGCGGCGGCGAGGGAGGGGAAAAAAGGAGGAGAUACAGAGGAGUGAGGCAGAGACCGUGGGGGAAAUGGGCGGCGGAGAUAAGAGACCCGCAUAAGGCGGCGAGAGUCUGGCUGGGGACAUUCGACACGGCGGAGGCGGCGGCCAGAGCAUACGAUGAAGCCGCCCUCCGAUUCAGGGGAAGCAGAGCCAAGCUCAAUUUCCCCGAAAACGUCCGCCUCCUCCCUCCGCCAUUGCAGAACGUCAAUUCCCCAUCCGCCGCCGCCGCCGCCCGCCACAUCGUUCCCCGCCUCAAUCCUGCUCCGCCGCCGCAGCCGUCUUCCCAAUUCCGUGGAUUUUCUCAUCCGGCGCCGCCGCCACCUCUUCAGGCGGAUUUGGUGAGGGAUUAUUGGCAAUACUCCCAGUUGCUACAGAGUUCCUCUGCUUCCGGCGGCGGAUUUCAUCCGCCGCAGCAGCAGCAGCAGCCUUCCACGCUAUUAGAGCAGUUGCUGUACAGCUCGCAGGCUCCGCCGUCUCAGCCGUUCGCUUCAUUGCCGUCGACGACUUCUCCACCGUCAGUCCGCGCUCAAUCUCCAUCUCCUACUUCUUCCUCCUCUGCUUCGUUUCCCCUGCUUUUCGCGGGUGAGCAGCAAUCCGGUUAUUACCACCGGCCGCAACCGAGCCAGAACCCGAACCCGAGUCAGACCCCGACCGCCGGUUCGGAUUUUCCGGUGCCGCCGUGGUCGCAUUCGAGUCAUUACCCGCCGUCUAGCGGUUGAUUUUCAAAAAACAGUUUCCUUUUUUACAGUUUUCACUUUUUCUCAUUGGGGUAAGAAUUUAGAAUAUUCAUAUAGUUUGAUUUUUUUUGUUGUUGUGUGUGACAAUAAUUCUUUUCUAAAGAUAUGUUGAGGCUAUACAAACGGAUAAUCGCUGGUAGGAUUUUUUGUUCUUCUGACUAUAUUAUUAUUGUGUCAUAUUUAUUGUAUAAACUAUAAAGGAAAGAAGGACACAUAUAUUGGAUUUUUUUUACGUAUCCAUGAUUUCUUUAUGCCUUCUUGAUUGACGUACUUGUGGGAAGUUGAUGAAUUGUAGCAUCUUGUAAAUCGGGUAGAAGUGUAGAUAUAUUGUUUAUACUUUUUAGACGAUUUACUAGAAAAUGGACGAAAUUGAAUAGUUUUGGUUUUGAUUGAUUAUAUUCUAAGCAUGUUGCAAUUUGGCUUAUUGAAAAUGUGUCGAAUCGUACUUGUGUUUGUCUCAUUCUACGAUUAAGUUGGAUUGGUACCAAUCCUAACUUUUAUUUAUGUAGUUUAGUUCCGCGAGUGUUUUGAUUGAUUGAUAUUACUUAUUAUUAUUUAAUUAAAUAAUCAUUUCAUCUUAUCUUUGAUCGUUGUAUUGGAUUUGUUCAAUUAAUUUGCUUAGGAUUCGUCAAGUUGAUGACGAGGUUUAGGCUGAUCACGAUUGUGGGUGUUGACGAAAAAUUAAAUUUAGGCAAAUGGGCAAGUGUGGAUCAGCUACCUCGAGGUUUAUUGCAUACAUGAAUGAUAACGGACUGACUCGCGUUGGUAAUUUGACUUAUAUAGAUCAUAUACUCGAAUGGAUCUAUAUAUUUGUGGUGGUUUUGAUUAUGGAUCGAGUAACUAGUAAACCUGUUAACAACCCUAGGUAACAGGAAGCGUGGAAAUAAAAAUGCAGAAGAAGUUCAUUCAUUGUUCCUGUAGUGUCACCUUCCAAACAAGAUUCUUGAAAAACAAACGAAAGGGGGGAAGCGUGCAAAAUUCUUAAAAGAGAAACGUGGUAAAUGUGCGCAUAUUAUAUUUAACCAUUGUCGUCGAUCUCUAGUGUUCUGCAUGACCUUCUUCUGUUUCCAGAUCGCACUCAGCAGUUGUUAGAUUUCGACCUUGGAGAUUUCAUAUUAGAGAAAGUGAAGUUUUGGACGUGGUAAAUGGUAAUUUGAUUUCGGUUAGUUGUAUUUUAUUUUAGUGAUUAAUUGAUAAAUACAUCGAUAACAGGCUAAUUAGCUAGGAUAAUCACAUAGUUUUGGGUUUUGGGUAAGGGAAAAAAAAAUCGUAAGAUUCCCAACCAACCAAAAUAGCAAUUACAAACAUCGUCGCAAUGUAUAGCUAUUGCAAAUAGCCCUAGAUUCUCCCAAACUCCCAUAUAUGUUUAAGAGUCGGAAUCCAAAAAUCGUCCCUUCCUGACUCGCCUUUGCAAUUGACAGAGCGAAACUUACAUUCUAUUAGUCUUUGUCUAUUUCAUGUUUGUGAAUGACGAUGAUCUUGUAGUACUUAUGUUUAUAUUUUAGUAUUAAAAGAACAUCACACAAAAUUUCAAAAUAACAACGAAAAAUGCCACGUGGGAAAGUUCUUGUUUUUUUUAGUGGUUAACCACCAAACCAAUCGCUAAUCAAACGGAUAACAUGUGGUUAACUGAUAAGUCUUAUCGAUUCGGGUAUCGGUAUGCAUUUUUUACUUAGUGGUUAACCACCAACCAACAUACCGGUCAGUGAUUAAUCAAAACCAAACCGAUUAGCAUCCUAAUGAAGUUUGAAUUAUAAGAGAGGACGUCAAUUACAGAAGAGUUGAGUUCCUAUUACUUGCUACCCUAAUCUACAAAAAAGACCACCCUAAUACAUCAAAUUAAAUUUACACUUUAAUCCCUAUAUACUAGUCAGUACGUACAUCUAUCUUUAGCAGCUAGAUAAGGCUAAGGGAUGAUCAAAUGAUUUAUUAAAGCCAACAAGAUUUUUGUCCAGUAAUAAUACUAACUAGUUGUACAUCUCUAAAUUUAUAGUUCGAAUCCAUUUAAUUGUAUCUAACUAUAAAAUUGUACAUUUCGCGUUUCAUAAACAGUUGGUCUUAAUAACACGAGUUGUUGAUUAUGCAGGAUCUUAUACAUGCUCAUGUAUGAUACUUAACCACGUCAUACCAUGUGCUUGAAAGACGAAGAUUAAUAUUGGGUAUCCGGGGUCGUGAGGACUUGAACACGUGACUAUACGGACAAACCAACUCUAACGCCAUAUCACAAAACCAGUUAGUUCCAAUAACUCGAGUUGUUGGAAAAAGAUUAUACUAAAUUUUAUACAUAUCCAUAUAUAAUACUUAACAACUUCUUACAUUAAUCCAUCUAGUAGUAUGCAAACGAUAAAUAUCAAGCUAUGUAACCAUUAUAACAAAAAAAAAAUAUUAUUUAGUAUGAAAAGGUUGAAGUCUAGAUGACUAGUUUCCAAUUAAUUAUGUUUCAAACGUGUAGAAUACAAACACAAGAUAAUAUAUAUUGUUAUUAAUAUAUUAACCUUGCAUUCACGACUAGCUACUGAUCCAUCUACGUAAAUAUUUUACUGUCGUGGUACAGUGAAAUUUUUUAAUUACAAGGUAACAAAAGUGCCGACGUCAAAAUUACUUGAGACUGAAAUGCACGUCUCUCUCAAAUGAUUUCCAGCCCAGUUUUUUUUUUUUUUUACCCAGUCAAGCCAUAUAGAUGCAGUGCCACGUCGUUUUCCCAACUGGACGCAAUCAUGGCGCACGUGCCCACGUGACUUUCCUUUUUCUGUUUGCUUGCGGGCGUACGUGGCCUGCCAACAAAGAGAUGGAAUAGUUGCGGUGGGCCAUCGUCUUGCCACGUUGCAGUAAAACAAAAUUAAAGGUGUGACUUGAGUCUUCAGCGUUAUGAUGAUUGUUUCGGAUAAACAAGAAAGUGCGAUUGAUUUAUUUUCAUUUAUUAGUUUACUGGUUUUUUUUUUUUGCGGUUGAAAUUUUAUUUGAAGCGAAUAAAUUUAUAAUGCAUAUUAUAAUUCUUUUGAAUGAUUUAAAAUAUAUGAUUUUUUAUGAAAUUAAGGUGAAUUCAAAAUUAUUCAACUUUUUAGAUCAUAAUAACUUUUUAAUAAUUAACUGAUAUUGUACUCUUAAUGAUUUUAACUUAUGUGAAUAAUCAAUCAUGAUAUGUAUAUUUCACGAUGCAAUCACUUAGUUAUCUAUGAUUGAAAAGAAAAAUUACAUAACAAAAAAAAAAAAAGAAGCUUGUUUAACGAAAUUAUAGCGUAAUUGGUAAAAAUAUAACCAUAACUUGUCAUAACGUUAGGGUAAUAGAUUGAUUAGUUCGUAUUACGCCACAAGCUCUAAUUAACAGGGAAGUGAAGUUUCAACUUGCAACUGUGUUGGCCAAGGGUCAUUGGCUCGUUUACAUUGUGCAAAUUAAAAGCCUCAUAGUGAU